GGACCGGAAGCGCGGCUGAACCCGUUGCCGUGACAGCGGGCCCGGGGCCGCCAUGGAGGCCGCGCUCACCGACAUGUACGACCAGGCGCUGCUGGGCAUCCUGCAGCAUGUCGGCAACGUGGAGGAGUUCCUGCGCAUCCUCUUCGGCUUCCUCUACCGCAAGACCGACUUCUACCGGCUCCUUCUGCGGCCCGGGGACCGCUUGGGCUUCCCGCCAGGCGCGGCGCAGGCCAUGGCACUGCAGGCAUUCCGAGUGUUUGAGCGGAUGGCCAGGCAGGAUGAUGAGAAGAGGCGGCGGGAGCUGGAGGCCAAGUUGAGGAAGAAGGAGGAGGAGGAGGAGGCAGCUGCAGCUGCUGAGAGGGUGAAGCUGUGCCCUGCAGCUCAGGAGAUUGAGGUGGAGACGACAGAGCACAUCCCAGCAGCAGAGGCUGAGGGGGCUGCAGGCACACAGCAGGAACAGGAACCGGCCACAGCCCAGGGCACUGCAGCCCCCAGCCCUGUGUCCACGGAGCCUCUGGGGGCUGCUGCCCCAGCUGAGCUGCCCACGAGACAGGAGCAGUUCCAGACAAACCCCGACAGCUACAAUGGGGCUGUGCGAGAGAAUUACACCUGGUCCCAAGACUACAGUGACCUGGAAAUUAAAGUGCCUGUGCCCAAGCACAUCGUYAAAGGCAAGCAGGUGUCUGUGGAUAUCAGCAGCAGUGCCAUYCGUGUGGCAGUGCUGGAGGGAAGCAGCCAACAUGUCCUCAUGGAAGGGAAACUCACCCACAAGAUCAACACGGAGAGUUCCCUGUGGAGUCUGGAGCCUGGGAAGUGUGUUUUGAUCAACCUGAACAAGGGGGAUGAGUACUGGUGGAACGCCAUCCUGGAGGGWGAGGAGCAGAUCGACAUUGACAAGAUCAACAAGGAGCGCUCCAUGGCCACGGUGGAYGAGGAGGAGCACGCCGUGCUCGACCGCCUCACCUUCGACUACCACCAGAAGCUGCAGGGCAAGCCCCAGAGCCAUGAGCUGAAGGUGCACGAGAUGUURAAGAAGGGCUGGGACACCGAGGGCUCGCCGUUCCGCGGCCAGAAAUUCGACCCCUCCAUGUUCAACAUCUCCCCCGGCGCCGUCCAGUUUUGACAGUGGCAAAAAAACAACUGAAAAAAUAAAGAAGGGAGAGGAGAGGAAAGGAGAGAGAGGAGAGCUCCUCCGCCCCCGGACGCUCAGCAGGACCCUCGCACCCUCGCCAGUGCCCAGGACUCUGCGAUCCGCGCUGCCAGCGCCCAUCCGUGCUGUGUGGGGAUGCCUGAGGAAGCGGGCACAUUUACAUCCUGUAACCACGGCAACCUGGGCACCAGGACCCCUCUCCUCCCCUCCCCUCCCUUCCCCUCCCCUCGCGCUGCCGACGCGCCGUGUUUUUCCGGAAUAGCGGGAGCGUGUUGGGUCGCGUUGGGUGACAUAAUUAUUAUUUUUGGUGGCUGAGGA